AUGGAUACUAAACUGCCAGCCUUCGAACACACUGCCGUUGAGCAGAUCAGAGGCAUCCACUCACGCGUCUACGACAGUUUCCAUUCACAAAAGACCAAGCCCUUGAGCUGGCGCGUAACACAGCUCCGUAAGCUAUGGUGGGCCAUCAAGGAUAGAGAGCAGCAGCUCGGCGAAGCUCUGCAACGCGACCUGGGAAGACCUUUCUAUGAGGCUUAUCUCACUGAGAUUGGCUGGGUGUUGAACGAUAUCAUCUACACCGUUAACAAUCUUGAGAAGUGGGCGAAGGAGGAAGCUGCGGGCGAUGUACCGCUUACCUUCAUGGCCAUGCGACCACCGNCCUUCAACUUCCCUGUCCAGCUUUCGCUUGGUCCGUUGAUCGGUGCCAUCGCUGCUGGCUGUACCGCCGUCCUCAAACCCUCGGAAAGCUCGCCAUACACCGCUGCCCUUCUGCAAGAAGCUAUGGAAGCCUCUCUCGACCCAUCCGCCUUCAUCUGUGUCCAAGGUGCCAUUCCUGAGAGCAGCGCUCUUCUGGAACUCAAGUGGGAUAAGAUUUUCUACACCGGCUCUGCCACCGUCGGAACCAUCAUUGCAAAGAAAGGAGCAGAGACAUUGACACCUGUUACACUCGAGCUCGGUGGUCGCAACCCUGCCAUCGUUACAAAAAAUGCCGACCCUCGUCUUGCUGCCAGACGCCUGCUCUGGGCCAAGAUCCACAACGCUGGCCAAGUAUGCGUUUCUCAAAACUACAUCUUGGUCGACAAGGAUGUCAUGCCCUUCUUUGUCAAGGAACUCAAAACCGCCAUCAAGGAAUUCUACCCUGAAGGAACAAAAGCAAGCAAGGACUAUGGCCGUAUCGUCAACUCUCGCCAAUUCGAGCGUCUGAAGAAGAUGCUCGCCUCCACCAAGGGUGAGAUUCUUUAUGGUGGAGAAAUGGAUGCAGAGACCAACUACAUUGCUCCCACUAUCGUCCGUGUCUCAUCGACUUCCGACUCACUGGUCGUUGACGAGUCUUUCGGCCCCUUCAUUCCUCUUCUAGCAGUCGACAACCUCGACGAAGCAAUCCGCAUCGCCAACGAAGUCCACAGCACACCACUAGGUCUCUACGCUUUCGGCAGCAAAGCAGACACUACUCGCAUCCUCUCCGAAACCCGCAGCGGAGGCGCCAGUAUUAACGACGGCUUCACCCAUGCCUCAAUGCCCACCAUCGAGUUCGGUGGUGUCGGUGACAGCGGUGCCGGUUGCUAUCGCGGAAAAGCUUCUUUCGACUGCUUCACCCACCGUCGCGUCGUCACUAACACGCCUGCUUGGGUAGAGACCUUGUUGAGCGCCAGAUACCCACCCUACAAGGGUAAGCUAUCACAACUGAAGAUGAUCAACGACUUUGCGCCAAACUUUGAUCGUGAGGGCAAGGUUGUUACAUUGGGCCUGGUGGGCAGACUUCUUGCUUUGGGAGGAGCUAGUCUGGGUCAAGGAGUCAAGAGAUGGUUGGUUCUUGUUGUGUUGGCGCUUGGUGUGAAGUAUGGACAGAUGCUUGGCCUACAGGAAAGGCUCAAGAGAACUUGA